GUAUGCCUGUGAUGAUGCAGGGGGGGGGUCCUUGGAGGAGUGGACAGCACAGGCUUUUUUAAGGUCUCUCCAAGUGGACACACAGGGCGCGCUCUCUCCCUCUCUCUGCUUUGCAAGCAAGAAGAAAAAGUGCAAACUGUCCUCAUCCGAUUACAUAAUGAUCCAGUAACAGUGAGACGGAACCGGUGCUGCCAGUGCCAGUGUGCUGGGGGACACUGACUAACCACUGGGUAAUCCUCAUCCAGGUCUCUCCUCUGACAGGUUCACGAUUUUCUCUGAGAAAUUUCCUUUUUUUUAGAUGCACAUGAUGACUUUGAUGUAGUGUUGCAAGAGAACCAAUGCAAGGCAAUGGCGAAAAGUGUCACUAAACAUGUGUGAACUGUCAACAAGUGCAACUCGGUCAAGACCUUGAAGUUUUGCAGCAUUUUCUUUUUUUUCCCCAAGUCAACAAAAACAUCUCAGCCUGUUUUUGCACAUUUGCUUGACAGUGAAACUGUCCGAACAGCACUGAAAGUCAACAUCCAUAACAGGUCAACAGAAAGGUGCUAGCUAUGACUUCAGCCACUCCCACGUGCUCUGAAGGCUCCUCCCCACAGAAAAUGUGCCAUUCCCAGACACAGACUGACAUCAGCAGGCCCCUUCUAAGCUCCACAGGGGGAACUGGAAGUCCUUUUGGUUGUGGGGGAGGAACAGGAGCUGGAGGGCCCAACGCUCUGCGCAAGAGACGCAGAGUCCUCUCCAAAGAUGGACGAAGCAACGUCCGCAUUGAGCAUAUCAGUGGUAGAGGGGCGCUGUACCUUCGUGACCUCUGGACAACUUUCCUGGACAUGCAGUGGCGCUACAAGUUCUUCUUCUUCUCUGCUACUUUUACUGGGACCUGGUUCCUUUUUGGGGUGCUCUGGUACCUGGUAGCGCUUGUGCAUGGAGACCUGCUCGAGUUUGACCCACCAUCCAAUCACACACCGUGUGUAAUGGAGGUGAAGACCUUGACAGGAGCCUUCCUCUACUCCCUAGAGUCUCAGACCACAAUAGGCUAUGGUUUCCGAUGCAUAACAGAAGAGUGCCCCCUAGCAAUAGUCCUCCUCAUUGUUCAGCUGGUCAUCACCAUGGUGAUGGAGAUUUUCAUCACUGGAACCUUUCUUGCAAAAGUUGCUCGUCCCAAGAAGAGGGGCGAGACUGUAAAGUUCAGUCAACAUGCUGUUGUGUCAUAUCAGGAAGGGCGGCCCUGCUUAAUGAUCCGAGUGGCCAACAUGCGCAAAAGCCUGUUGUUAGGAUGUCAGGUGACGGGGAAGAUGCUUCAAACAUCUCUGACCAAGGAGGGUGAAACGGUGCGGCUGGACCAGCGCAAUGUGCCUUUCCAGGUGGACACAUCUAGCGACAGCCCCUUCCUCAUCAUACCCCUGACGUUCUACCACAUCAUUGAUGAGAACAGCCCUCUCAGAGCCUGGGCAGCAAAGGGUGGUGGUUGGACAGACCCUGAAAUGGCUGACUUCGAACUGUUGGUGAUAAUGAGUGCCACAGUCGAACCGACGUCUGCAACCUGCCAGGUUCGAACAUCCUACCUCCCGGAUGAGAUCCUCUGGGGAUAUGAGUUUCCCCCUGUCGUCUCCCUUUCCCCAUCAGGCAAAUAUGUGGCUGAUUUUGCCUUCUUUGACAAAGUGGCAAAAAUCAAGACUCCUCCCUUCUGUAAGCAGACGUCAUCACCAAACGACAAAUCAGAGAUACACCACAAUGGUGCAAAAGAAGAUGAAACAAGCCGGGAAAAACUCAUACUGGAGGAGAUCUACAAGGGCAAGGAAAAGAAGCGAGAAAGAGGACGCAUAAAAGAUAGCAGUGUUCGAAUCAGUAAUGUAUGAAGAAGAGAGCGCAAACAGGAAGAUGUGGCAGGAAGUGAAAGUGAGUCAGACACAGGAUGGAGAACAAGACGGAAGCUGCUAACAUAUGAAAAUCAAUUUCAUAUUGCAUACCCACAUGCUGACAGUGUUUGUCUCAUACAUACAUCAAGGGCGGACCACAAAGCAGGAAACUAAACACCUGGGGACCCCAGCAUCUACUCUCAACAUCUAAACAAACAAAAACCACUAGCCUGUAAACAAUAAACUGAAGAUAUCUGCAACCAGCUUUUGACAGAGGAAACCUGACUUGUACAAACCUACUGUAGCAUUAAAAUGCAUUUUAUAUUAUGUAAUAUAUAAUAUAAUGUGUAAGGCCGUCUUUGUUUAAAUGUAGGCUUUGCCCAUUCUUCUCUUAAAGCUAAAAUAUUUCUGUUAAAGAGAAGGGAGAAUAGGAACAAGAAAUCUCUUUGGGUUUGUUGUGUAUAUUAGUGACUCUCAGUACUGUUUUUAAAGACUCCAUUGUGUGGGAUUUUAAUAAUAUUUAUUAGUAAAUGUGCUGACUGCAACCCUCCACUAUACCUUCCUCACCUACAUGGCUUUCUCUACAGCCUGUAUUUAAUUUGUCUCUCCUGUACUGUCUUUAGGGAACGAAUGGCUCUCCUAAUUUUAUGAAUAUUCAAAAAUUGCAACAGUGAAAACAUAAUGUUUUCACUCAGCUGCCUAUUAGUACACACUGGACCUUUUAAAACUACCUGCAAUGCAUGGUGUAAAUACUGGAAACAAGUUAUGUCCAGUUUUAUGGUACUGUAUCAUGUUAUAUUACAAUCUAACAGCAUUAACCAUUACAUGUUCCUCUUUGAUGACCGUCAAGAUGUUUCUGUUGGGUUAAAUGAGGUUAGUCAUUUUACUGAAAGCACUUUAACUGGAAAUUAAAGUGUUUUUUUUAUAAACAAGGAAUAACAAAACUAACCUCAUUAUUGCAUUAAGUGAUUAAAUUGUGUGUUUACAUGAGCUGAUGCUCCAUGGGUAUGAGAUAAUGCUAUUUGAAAGAAACGUUUUGUGAACUGUUUUUAAUUUUUAUGUACAGUAUGUUUCCAUCUCUCUAUGUACAGUGCAUGUAAACAUAUUUCUCUAUGCCCAUUGACUGACAGUUCUCAUUUCCUAUUAUAACAUACUAACUGAUGUCGGGGCUCAGUGCUAGUUCUGUAAAGUAAAUACUGUAACUUAUGUCUUUCUACUGCUGACUUUUUGUCACUCAGUUUGUGUCAAAAUGAAAAUGAAAUAUUUUUUAAACAAACCUUAACAGUACCAUUAACUUAAAACGAAUAUGGUACUUUAUUAAAGAGGCCAUAUAAGAAUCUCAGAAUACAGAAUCUUGAAAGGGAAGAGCCAUCUCACAAAAAUCCUAAAAUUUGUUUAAAAACAUUUCCUUUCAUAGGUGUUUUAAUUUUACAGCAACCAGAAAGCCUCAAGUCAAUUUGCCUCUUUGCCAAUAUGUACCCCAAUAUGUACAUACGUGUUGCCAUUUUCUCACUUCUCGCUUUUGUUUUUAUACCCAUGUACUUCCACAGUGGGUUUUUCAUACAUCAUUCAUAAAAAUGCUUUUGACUUGUUUGAAAUACUACUUUCAUUAAACCUUGUAUGACACCCUCACUCCUUUUAAAGUAAAAUUACUCUGAUCGACAGCCCUCUGGCACAUAUUAUUUAUUGGAGUCUUAGAAUAACACAUAUGGUAACCUAUGUAUAGAUAAUAAAACACAUAAAUUGAAUCAAGUUGUCAAAGGUUAGUAAUUACAAUACAUCUCAUGGCAAUUAACUCGAUUUUGUACUUGAAGAAGUUGGAUAUGAAAUAUCUAAAUCAACAAAGCUAUGAAACGGCUGCAGGGAUAUACCAAAAGUGAACAAUAUAUUGACAGAAAAACCAUGAACAGCCAAUAUAAAGAAAAUAAUAAUAAAAAACAGUAGUUUGCUGGUCUGAAAAUAUGUAAAGUCACCAUUGCAACAUUUUAAAUAUGUCUCAUUGAUAAAAUAAUACAAUUACAUGCCUUUCCGUUAACAAAUUUUUUGAUUGCUCCAAAAACGCCCAAUGAGAAUUGAUAGCUUAUGAUGUUUUAGACUGAGCUUCUGGCGCAAGGUUGUCCUUGCUUCUAAAUCAGAGUCUGUACAAUAUAUGACUCUGUCUAAAUGCCGGAAGCUCACUGCUCCUGCAUUGUGGAUGUAAAUCUAACUGCCUCUUUUAAUAAAUGUAUUUUUCACAACAUGA